AUGUCAGACGAGCAGCAGCAGCGCCAGCAGCAGCUUUCUCGCCAGGCGGCUGCUAAUAUCGAUCGGUUGGAAAACUUCAACUUCCUUCUCUCUCGACACGACCCUGCGAUAGCCAAGAGUCGACAGUAUUCAUUCGACGCUGAUUCUGCUGGUUUGGCCCCUUUUGCCAACGUGAGCAUGGAGUACGAUCAAACUGAGGGCAUGGGCGGCCUGUCCGUCAGUUCGUACGAUAGCAUUGAGGAUGAGCGCAGUCCCAUCGAUAUCAGAGGAUAUCCGUAUCAUGACAAGUCUAUCAACUACUCACUACCCGACCAAAUGCUGUCAUAUCCCGCACACUCAGUAUAUCCUCCUAUCCCUUACCCGGCCGAUGAAUACGGUCAUGCACCGGGCGCACUUACGCCGUCGGAUGUCUCAUCCUCGAUCUCACCACCCAACGGCCAGAUUGGCAACACCAAAUACAGCACCCAGAUUUCUGGGGAUCACAUCGCCUCCGCUCUAGGCCAAGAAGAGCAUGUCCGGGUCGCCGCCGAAGAAGAUCGGCGACGACGGAACACGGCCGCCAGUGCCCGGUUCCGCAUGAAGAAGAAGCAACGCGAACAGGUUCUUGAAAAAACCGUUCGCGAGACGACGGAGAAGAACGCCACCCUCGAAGCCCGCGUGGCCCAACUGGAGAUGGAGAACAGGUGGUUGAAGAACCUCCUGACCGAGAAACACGAUGCAUCCGCCACAAGAAUGGCUCCCCCAAGCGACAGCACGGCCUUGAAUCAAAAAGGCAACGGUGGUGCCGGCGGGACGAAACAUAUUCAGCCAAAAAAGAAGGGCGUUGGAACCGACAAUUAA